UUUUUUUUAACUCGUUUUCCAUAUUUUUUCUUUUGGCGUGUGUGCGAAACGAUCUAACGAAACUUGUGUUGUCUGUGUGUCCCCUCUUCAUAUUAACCUGCCCCAUUAUUCCCUAAAAUGACGGUCAUGGAUACCUUCAAAGGGCAGAAACAUGCUCCCACCCUUUUUGAUAUUUGUUUUGCACCACAGUAUUACAAUCAUGCCCGAAAGAUCGAAUGUUAUCCCGGAUCGGUUUUUGAGGGCGAUGUCAAAAUAACCCUUGCCGAACCGUUGCCUGCGCAACACCUGAAACUCGUAUUCAAGGCAGUAGAAAGAGUCAACUACGAUGCCAUGGGAUGGGAAAAGAUCAAAAACGACGAUGGACGCUUGUUUGCUGUGCGCACUACUCUGUGGGGUUCUUCAGCAACGCGCGCCGCACCGUGGCCAGUUCUGGAAGCAGGAGAACAUCGAUUCCCUUUUGUGUGCGAAAUGCCUUUAAUCAAUUAUCCACCUUCGUUUGAUCAUUAUCUCAUUGCGACUACGUUUACGCUAAUUGCAUCGCUAGAACGACCAGGCGAAACGUCCUUCUACACCGCGCCAUUCAACGUCCAUUUUUACCCCAUUCUCGAAACCAGCCCGCAAAAGCCAUUGAGUGCUUUCCAAAAAGAGACACAGAUCACGGCCCGCAUACACGCUCGUCUCCGAUUACCGAGUGUUUCCUUCAACCUUCUUGAGACCAAGCAUAUACCCAUUGCCCUUACACUUCAGUCCACUCAAUCAUCACCGGAUAAAUAUGAAUUCCCGAUCUCCAAUAUUCGCCUUUAUUUGAAGAGAUACAUCACCAUUGUCCACAAAACAUUCUCUCGCACCGAAGCCUUGACCAUUACCCAUUUAGAGCAUCGUUUGUCGCAUAAUUCUGCUGUCGAUAUCAUGACCUCUCUCCCAAUACCAUAUUAUCAAGCGCCUACAACCACCUAUUCCAAUCGAUUCACUGUAGAAUAUAAACUUUGCGUUAGCGUGAAAAUACGGCACGGACCACUGGUGACCAGAAAAAAAAUCUUUGCUAUCCCCAUCACAUUUGGCACCUUGAUGCCGGGAGCUCAAUUACCACCCGAUUUGAUGUCAUACGCCGAAACGUGGGUGAUCGAAGAUACCUCGUUGCGUACCAAACCUAAAUUCCUGCGACACACGCCUAUGAACGAUCAACCUCAAUUGCCAGCCUACGAUUUAAUUCGGCCGCCAUCGUAUAAAACGGUGGCUUCCGACAUUCCUGUUUCUUGAUCUCUCUCACAUUAGCAUUUUUGAUCAUCUUUCCUCUGCAUAAUAGCAACAUUUAUUGUAGUAUUUAUUUUUUCAGAACCCCAAUAAAAAGGGUCAUCGUUAUCCAUGAUGCCAGCUG